GAACAUUUUGUUUAGAUCGGACCACUAUAACAUAUAGCUGCCGUACAAACUGAAUGAUACAAAUCAGAUUCUUGUAUGGAAAACUUUUUUAUUUGUUGAGAUAUCUUCACGAAAUUUGGUAUACAUUACUAGCCACAAUAACAAUGACAUCUCCGUAGGAAUUGAUCAGAUCGGACCACUAUAGCAUAUAGCUGUCAUACAAACUUACCAAUCAAAAUCGAGGUAAAGCUCUUUUUAUACCCUUUUAGGUUAUAAAUAUGCAAGUGUGAAGGGUAUUUUAUAUAUACCUUCUGGUUUUAACCCACAUUUGUCAAAAUUCCUGUCACAACAACGGUUAAAAUACGAAAACACAACAUUAAUAUUGCCUUUCAAGUAUAUGAUGCGCAAGUAUUACAUACAUAUACAGUCGUACACACACACGUAUACGGAAGUUUGCCUUCAAUCAAGUUUAAUUAUGCUUGAAAAUUGCAUUACGAAUUAACUGUGUUAACAAUUUCGCUCGGCUGUUGCCGUCAGCGGCAAUCCCCGCACGCUAGAAGCAAUUUGCGGAUUGCGUAUACGCCACAGCGCACCCAUACGCCAGCAUUAGCCUUUGUGGAUGCACAACAAUGGCUAAGCAUAUAAAGUAAUAACAGUUUAGCAAAGCACAAACACAACAAAAACACAUAUAUUACAUGUAUAUGUUUAUAUAUGUGUGUGUCUACAGCAAGUUUUUGACUGCCACGCAACACCUUCACUGCCACUGUGCUCGCAUUGAACAUAAAAGUGUUUCGCUGUCUGUGAAAAAACUUUCAGAAAAUUGUAAUUUCUUGUUUGACACUUGUCAGCAGUAUAAAAAAAUUUUGAAAUUCGAAAACAAAUUGCAAUUAAGCAAAAUAUUAAUUUUCGUCGAAAAUCAAGCGCGAGUACUACACGGGUAACGUCAUACGAUGACUUCGCUUAUAAAACGCGUCAUUCCCACAUUGGAUCGCAUUUUGGUGCGACGCGCUGAGGCGGCCAACGUCACCAAAGGUGGCAUUGUGCUCACCGAGAAGGGUGUGGAACGCAUGGUGGAGGGUACUGUUGUGGCCGUCGGUCCCGGUUCGCGUAACCCGCAAAGUGGCAAUUACAUACCGAUGGGCGUGAAGGAGGGCGAUCGUGUGCUAUUGCCGAAGUACGGCGGCACACGCGUCGACAUGGAGGACCAAAAAGAGUAUGUGCUCUAUCGUGAAGCGGACAUUUUGGCUAAAUUGGAGUAGUCUACAUUUAGCAGGGGCGGAAGUGAAGCAAACGGGAGGAUAUUUGUAAAGCAAAUUGAUGUGCGGCUGUUAUUAACAUACUUUAAUUUAUGGAAUAAAAUAAAUUUCUUUCUUCAAUUGAA